AUGGUGAACUGGCAGUUCAGGCCAGCAGUAGAACUGGGAGCUAUGACAUUGUUUGUGGUUCCCUAUGUUCUGGCUCUGCUGCUGCGGUUCGAGUUUGGGUUACCCGAAACACGUCCGAAUCCAACGAAGGCAUUGCUCCGAGUUUUGCCGAUUAUCGUUCUCAUCGCUGCAGUGCAGCAGAGACACCGUGGAAACGAAUUCUCCCUCCGCCUGUCAGCAGGGCUCAGCUUCUCGGCUGCAGGUGACCUGUGCCUUCUUUUCAAACAUCAGUAUGUCAUCAUUGGGAUCAUCUGUUUCAGCAUCGCCUACUGCAUGUACGCUCUGGCCUUCAAACUGAAGAAUGACAAUUUCCUGCUGGCGUGUUUGUCUUGCUUCAUAGUGAUUGUGAUUUAUCAUUUCACAACUCCCAAACUGCGUGGGCUACAGGGUCCUGCUGCGAUUAUCUACAUCACUACAGCACUCCUCAUGACUUGGAGGGCAAUGGCUUGGUAUAGCAAGACCCGGAAAUACAACUGCUUGGCUGCUGUUGUCGGGUCUGUCGUACUUGUGGUGUCCGAAACAGUACUUUCCAAACACAUAUUCCAGUUCCCUUUCAAUCAAAUUGAAGUGAUUGACAGAUACCCUUAUUACUUGGGACAGCUACUCAUUGCUUUAUCUGCCCUCCCAUAA